GGCGGAAGCCUGCGCGCUCAGCCCCGCCCCCUGCGGUAGCGCGUGUCGUCACUUCCGCCUUCCUUUCUCCUGCCGUCUUCCCGGCGCGGCUCGCGAGGGAUUAUCCUCUGUGCUGAGUUCGUCGGAACCAUGGCCUCCCUUUCCCUUGCACCUGUGAAUAUCUUCAAGGCUGGAGCUGAUGAAGAGAGAGCCGAGACCGCGCGCCUGUCAUCCUUUAUUGGUGCCAUCGCCAUUGGAGACUUGGUGAAGAGCACUUUGGGGCCGAAGGGCAUGGACAAAAUUCUUCUAAGCAGUGGACGAGAUGCCUCGCUAAUGGUAACCAAUGAUGGCGCCACCAUUCUAAAAAACAUUGGUGUUGACAAUCCAGCAGCCAAAGUUUUAGUUGAUAUGUCCAGGGUUCAAGAUGACGAAGUUGGUGAUGGCACUACCUCUGUUACUGUUCUAGCAGCAGAACUCCUCCGGGAAGCAGAAUCUUUAAUUGCAAAAAAGAUCCAUCCACAGACCAUCAUCGCAGGCUGGAGAGAAGCCACCAAGGCUGCCAGAGAGGCGCUGUUGACCUCUGCUGUUGAUCAUGGUUCUGAUGAAGUCAGAUUCCGGCAAGAUUUAAUGAAUAUUGCAGGAACGACAUUAUCCUCAAAACUCCUUACUCAUCACAAGGACCACUUUACUCAAUUAGCUGUAGAAGCUGUUCUCAGACUGAAGGGUUCUGGUAAUCUGGAGGCCAUUCAUGUCAUCAAGAAACUAGGUGGGAGUCUGGCAGACUCCUAUUUAGAUGAAGGUUUUCUAUUGGAUAAAAAAAUUGGAGUAAAUCAACCAAAGAGAAUUGAAAAUGCUAAAAUUCUUAUUGCAAAUACUGGAAUGGAUACAGACAAAAUAAAAAUAUUUGGCUCUCGGGUGAGAGUUGAUUCCACAGCAAAGGUUGCAGAAAUAGAACAUGCAGAAAAGGAAAAGAUGAAGGAGAAAGUUGAACGUAUUCUUAAGCAUGGAAUAAAUUGUUUCAUUAACAGACAGCUAAUUUAUAAUUACCCUGAACACCUCUUCGGUGCUGCGGGGGUCAUGGCUAUUGAGCAUGCAGAUUUUGCAGGUGUGGAACGCCUAGCUCUUGUCACAGGUGGUGAGAUUGCCUCCACCUUUGAUCACCCAGAGCUGGUGAAGCUUGGAAGCUGCAAACUAAUCGAAGAAGUCAUGAUUGGAGAAGACAAACUUAUCCACUUUUCUGGGGUUGCCCUUGGUGAGGCUUGUACCAUUGUACUUCGUGGUGCCACUCAGCAAAUUUUGGAUGAAGCGGAGAGGUCUUUGCAUGAUGCCCUUUGUGUUCUUGCCCAAACUGUGAAAGAUCCUAGGACAGUGUAUGGAGGAGGUUGUUCUGAGAUGGUGAUGGCUCAUGCUGUGGCAAAACUUGCCAGUAAAACACCAGGAAAAGAAGCUGUAGCAAUGGAGUCUUUUGCUAAAGCCUUGAGAAUGCUGCCAACCAUCAUAGCUGACAAUGCAGGCUACGACAGUGCAGAUCUGGUGGCACAGCUCCGAGCUGCUCACAGUGAAGGCCGAAUAACUGCUGGGCUGGAUAUGAAGGAAGGUACCAUCGGAGACAUGGCAAUACUGGGUAUAACAGAGAGCUUCCAAGUGAAGCGACAGGUUCUUUUGAGUGCAGCUGAAGCAGCAGAGGUGAUUCUCCGUGUGGACAACAUCAUCAAAGCAGCACCGAGGAAACGUGUCCCUGAUCACCACCCCUGCUAAGCAUUCCCAUUGGCUGUUGAUCUCUGGACCAGUCCGUAGCAGAAUUGUAUUUGAAAGACUCAACCUUUUAAAGAAGACUGUGGAAUCGAUGUGUCCAUGAUAGUUUGAAUAUUUAGCUGACCUUUUGUUUAAACAUGGGUCUAAUUUAUUUGCUAUUUCAUUUUGCAUACAAUUCAGUUGACUUACAAGUUCAUUUCUCAUACUGUGUAUUAAAAUAAAAAUCCAGUUAUUAACUCUUAA